UUCCUCCGUCAUGGUUCCACUAUGAACGAGCCGCCGUCGGACCUCUGGUUCUGCGAGGAGUGCCAGGACUAUUUCGACGAGUGUCCGUCCCACGGGCCGCCGGCCUUCGUCCCCGACACCCCCGCGGCGCCGGGGUCGGCCAACAGGGCGGCGCUCACGGCCCCCCCCGGCCUGGAGGUGUUCGGCGAGGGGGCCGAGGUGGACGUCCGCUGCCUGGACCCGGGCUUCCCCCGGGGGGCGGUCUUCGGCCCGUACGAGGGACAGCUGGUGUCCAAGGACCAGUCCCCCGGGUCCUUCUCCUGGAUAAUUGUUGACGUUAACAACUCGUAUCAGUCGAUCGACGGCAGCGACGUCACCAAAGCCAACUGGAUGAGGUUUGUGCGGACGUCGGCGGGCGACAGCGACAGGAACCUGACGGCGUUCCAGCGCGGGAACAACAUCUACUUCAGCGUGAGUCGGCCGCUGGCGGCGGGGGAGAGGCUGAGGGUCUGGUACAGCGACGCCUACAUCCAGCGCCUCGCAGGGGUCUCCCAGGACCGCAUCGGACGCACCCUGGACACAGACUCGGUGAAGCCGGCGGUGCCGAUCCUCCACGCGUCGUCUCUCCAGGUUAAACCCAGCGGAGACUCACCACCCGCCAAGAGGAAGAAGAUCGACCUCAUCUUCAAAGACGUCCUGGAGGCGUCCCUGGAGUCCCGGUGCCUGGAGUCGCUCCACGGCGGCGUUACCGUGCCGAAGCCAAAGUUGCAGCUGAAGCUGAAGGUGGAGGAGACGGAGGAGACGGAGGAGGAUAACCAGAGCAGCCAGAAACCCUCCACCUCCUUCUGCCCAAACUGUGUCAGACUGCAGAGGAGGAUCCAGGAGCUGGAGGACGAACUGUCCCGAGUCAGGGGGGAGGGACAGGACACGGUCGCUGCACCCAUGUCUGGACGGACCCAAUGCGAUCAGGGCCCCCCCCACCCCGAGCAGGGCCCAGUCGAGGACCUACAAGGGAUGGAGCCGCUGACGCCCUCUCAGGCGGUUCUAGACGAUGACGACCCGGACGUGGACUCAGCCGACGAGUCGAUCGCUGCAGAUCUCGUGAUUUCUCCGGAAGACUCGCUAAAGCUUUCGUCCGGCGGCGGUCGACGGAUUCGGCGCUUCAAGCAGGAGUGGCUGAAGAAGUUCUGGUUCCUGCGCUACUCGCCGACCCUCAACGAGAUGUGGUGCCACGUGUGCCGCCAGUACACGGUGCAGUCGUCCCGCACCUCGGCUUUCAUCGUCGGCUCCAAGCAGUUCAAGAUCCACACCAUCAAGCUGCACAGCCAGAGCAACCUGCACAAGAAGUGCCUGCAGCUGUACAAGCUGCGCAUGCACCCCGAGAAGACCGAGGAGAUGUGCAAGAACAUGCUGCUGCUGUUCAACGCCGCGUACCACCUGGCCACCGAGGGACGGCCCUUCUCCGACCUGCGGGCGCUCGCCGAGCUUCUGAAGCGCUGCGAGCUCAAAGUGGUGGACCAGUACAUGAACGACGGAGACUGUCAGAUCCUGCUGCACCACAUCGCCCGCACGUUGAAGGAAGACCUGGCGGAGAAGAUGCGCUUGUCACCGUUCCUGAGCGUCAUAAUGGACGCCCAAAACGACGAUCUUUUCUCAGACAUGGUCGCCGUUUACGUCCAGUUCAUCACCAACGACGGCUCCCCGAGCACCGAGUUCCUGUCCCUGCAGAGGCUGAGCGUGGCCAGCGUGGACGGGUAUCUCCAGGCGUUGGAUCGAGCCUUCGGCGUCCUCGGCUUCCGGUUUCAGGACCUGCUGGUAGUCGGUCUGGGCGUGGACGGCACCAACAUGUCUUCAGGGAUGCGAGCGAGCCUGUACGUCGCCGUGCAGAAGAGUUUCCCGUGGAUCCUGUGCCUCCCCGUGAUGAUCCACCGGCCCCACCUGGAGGUGUUGGACGCCAUCAGCGGGAAGGAGCUGUCCUGCCUGGAGGAGCUGGAGAACAACCUGAAGCAGCUGCUCAGUUUCUACCGCUACUCGCCGCGCAUGAUGGCCGAGCUGCGAUGCACGGCGCCCACGCUGUCGGAGGAGACGGAGUUCCUCGGAGACAUCCGCGCCAUUCGCUGGAUCAUCGGGGAACCAAACGUCCUGAACGCGCUCAUUAAAGAUUACCUGGAGGUGGUGUCCCACCUGAAGGCGAUCAGCAGCCAGACCCAGAGGGCCGACGCGGCAGCCAUCGCCCUCUCCCUCCUCCACUUCCUGCUGGACUACCAGUCGGUGAAGCUGAUCUACUUCCUGCUGGACAUCAUCGCCGUGCUGUCGCGGCUCGCCUUCACCUUCCAGGGCGAGCACCUGCUGGUGUCGGCGGUGGAGGCCCGGAUCCAGGACGCCAUCCUGGAGAUCGGCCAGCUGGCGGACCGCCCCGGGGAGUACCUGCAGGAGUUUGAGGAGAACUUCCGGGAGAGUUUCAACGGCGUCGCCCUGAAGAACCUGCGCGUCGCCGAGUCCAAGUUCCAGUCGAUCCGGGAGAAGAUCUGCGACCGGAGUCGGGGGAUCCUGGCUCAGCGCCUGGACCUGCAGAGCCGCGCAUUCGCCAAAGCCUGCAAGGUCCUGGACCUGUCCUCCUGGCCCCCCAGCCGCGAGGCUCUGCAGGUCUACGGCGAGGAGGAGAUCCAGGUGCUGUUCAACCAUCUGGACUCAGUCCCGUGUGGCGGUGCGGAGGCUUCCCAGGCGCGCGCGGUGGCGCGGGGCGGCCUGAUCGCGGAGUGGAAGGAUCUGAAAGGCGACUUCUGCAGCGCCGGCGCCUUUAAAGACGUCCUGGGUCACGUGGGCCGGAACAGGACCCGAUUCCCGCUGCUGACCCGCGUGGUGCAGGCGGUGCGGGUGCUGCCCAGCUCCACCGCCUGCUGCGACAAGGGCCGCGGCGCCCUGGCCAAGAUGUGCCGGAACCAGCGCUCGCGGCUGACCCUGGACCAGAUGAACGACCUGCUGGCGGCGGCCGUCAACGGACCCCCCAUCGCCAGCUUCGACGGGAAGAGGGCGCUGGACAGCUGGUUCGAGGAGAAGUCCGGGGCCGGCUACUCUCUGGCGGCCGGCGCGGUCCACAGGAAGACGGAGACGGAGAAGACGUCCGUCCUGCACAGCGUGGACGUCAACACCGAGUUCUACCCCGACGUCUGACAGGGGGACAC